AAAUCCACUAAGUAAAUUCUGAUAAGGUCACAUGGACAUUGUUUGUUUUCUCUCCAGAACGCUUUCCUGAGAAGAGGCUUCUUUCUCCUAAACCUCACACAACGUGAUGGGGUCCAAUGUUCGCGAAUGGGUUGGGUUUCAGCAAUUUCCAGCAGCUACCCAGGAAAAGUUAAUUGAAUUCUUCGCCAAAUUGAAGCAAAAGGAUAUGAACUCAUUGACAGUUGUUGUAAUGGGGAAAGGCGGUGUGGGAAAAUCAUCCACUGUCAACUCUCUUAUUGGUGAACAAGUCGUCCGUGUCAGUCCUUUCCAGGCAGAGGGUUUGAGGCCAGUGAUGGUUUCAAGAACAAUGGGAGGCUUCACUAUUAACAUUAUUGACACCCCUGGCCUUGUCGAAGCUGGUUAUGUCAAUCACCAAGCCCUCGAGUUAAUCAAAGGGUUUCUUGUGAACAGAACCAUAGAUGUGUUGCUCUAUGUUGAUCGUCUGGAUGUGUAUCGAGUGGAUGAGCUAGAUAAGCAAGUUGUUCAAGCUAUCACCCAAACCUUUGGAAAAGAGAUUUGGUGCAAAACCUUGCUUGUUUUGACUCAUGCUCAAUUCUCACCACCCGAUGAUCUUUCCUACGAAACUUUUUCCUCCAAGAGAUCAGAUUCUCUCCUCAAAACCAUCCGCGCUGGUUCUAAGAUGGGAAAACAACAGUUUGAGGACUCUGCAAUUGAGGUUGUGUAUGCGGAGAACAGUGGGAGAUGCAUCAAGAAUGACAAGGAAGAAAAGGCAUUACCGAAUGGUGAAGCGUGGAUCCCAAACCUGGUUAAGGCGAUAACGGAUGUAGCAACGAAUCAGAAGAAAGCGAUUCAUGUAGACAAGAAGAUGGUGGAUGGAUCUUACUCUGAUGAUAAAGGAAAGAAACUCAUCCCUCUUAUCAUCGCCGCUCAGUACUUUGUCGUUAAGAUGAUCCAAGGAGCAAUCAGAAGUGACAUCAAGAUAAGUGGAAAGCCACUUUAAGAGCUCUGUUUUAUUGUUGAUCCAACUAAACAGAGAAGACUUUUUUUUUUUUUUUUUUCUUGUUUCCGGCUUUAUGUUCGAAUCAUUUACAUCCUCUUUGUCUCUGAGUUUUUGCUUUAAAUUGUCAAGUUAUCUGUUGUCUUCUUCCUCUGUAUCCGACUAAACCAAACAGCAUGCUUGUCAAGACCGGCUCUUCAGUAGGAGUGCUGGGCUAUAGCCCAAUGAAAUUUAACUGCUAAA